UGGUGUAUCAUGAGUUAAUUGUGACUGACUGACUAAUCGAUCAAUAAUAUUGAGCAGUUAUUUAGGAUGCAAGGGAAUUUGUAAAUCAGUCAGUCUCGACUCGCAUUUAAAGUCGGCUGCAAUGUCGAGCGUGUCCAUUAUUAUGACUAAACCCCGCCUAUAAUUUCUCUUAUCAAAAUCUGAUUUUAAACCUAACCUUAACCACACUGCAAAACUUAUGCCUAACCUUAAAUGAAUACCAAAAUGUAAAAAAUAAAUAAAAAUAAUGUUGACUUUGUGGCUGUGGUAACUAGUGACACCCCGGAAGGUACACUGCGUAAACACACACGUGCAAAAGUAUCCUGAUUGGUUCAGGCUGUCACAUGAUUGUAAAAAUAGGAAGUUAAUUUUGCAACGAAAACAGAACAGAAUAUCGAUGAAAACUCAGUCGUGCAAGUUUAAAAUGAGGCAAAAUGUUAUGUCCCCCUUUGUUGGACUACUGUAAGAUUUCCCUCAUAGAUCUAUCACAGAAGAAACGUGGUUAUCAUAUGUAUGCAUAACCUGUCAAUCACAGGCAUUUUGUUCUGGACAACAUGAGUGUGAGGGCAUUGUGGAUUAUAUCUUACGAGAGGGGAGAGUCUGUAGCAGUGCGCUUUUCCAGGCGAUACCCAACAGUGGAGCAGCGUGCUAAGUGUAUGGCCGGCUCAUUGUAUGCGUCUGUCCCAGAGGAUGGCACUGUGCUCCAGCUACUACUCACUGAGCUGGGCCUCUCCGACUCUGACAAACCCUACAUGGCUCUACGAGAUGACUGUCUCCACCAGCAGCGCUCACCAGCCUUGGAGCUCCAUGUAGAAGGCCCCAGUGGAGGGGUUCUUUGGCCAAUGUUGGUCAUCUCCCAGGGGCCUCUGAUCCUGGCCUGUCUGGCCGUGGUGGAUGCCCCCGCUGAUCCCCGGCCUCCUCUGGCUAACUUGUUCUCUGUCUCCCAGGGUCUCACACUGUUGGCGGGCCUGCAGGCUUUCCUCUGUGGGUCUGGGAGUAAGCCUGAUAGAGAGGGGCUGACCUCUCGCCUGGCCAUGAUGCCCUCUAUCCUCCUGCAGAUCUGCCCCCUCGGGACCCCACUGGACAUCCCUCAGCCAGGGGCCUCAUCGGCAUCAGCAAUGCCCACUCCUGCAGGGACCCAGAAACAGCCAGCCUGGAAAACAGGGGUGCACCGUGGUCGGGCUGUGGUGAAUGUAGCCCUAACGGAGAUGGUGCGCUCCAUGCAGUAUGGAAACCGAAACAGGCAGGACCUCUGGGAUGUCUAUGGCACAGUGACUUGCAAGUGUGAAGUGGAAGGGGUCCUUCCCAAUGUGACGGUCACUCUCACACUGCCACCCAAUGGCUCACCACUGAUGGAUGUCCUGGUCCACCCUUGUGUGUCUUCACUGGAUGCCAGUGUUCUGACUGCCAUGAGUGUUGAGGACUGUGACAGCUCUGCCUUCUCUGGCCCCUACAAGUUCCCCUUCUCCCCUCCUCUUGAGCCUUUCAGGCUCUGUAGCUACACAUCUCAGGUUCCCGUGCCUCCUAUCCUAGGCACCUAUCAGCUGAAGGAUGAUGACAACCAGUUGCGUAUUACUGUGAGUCUGAAACUUCACGAGAGUGUGAGGAACAGCUUCGAGUACUGUGAGGCACAUCUGCCAUUCUUUAACAGGGACCAGAUGGGUAUUGUGGAUGUGAAAGUGAGCUCAGGACAGCUGGAAGUGUCCAAGGAGAAGAACCUGCUGGUCUGGGUCCUCGGCCAGAAGUUCCCCAAGUCCCGCGAGGUGUCACUAGAGGGCAGUGUGAGUUUUUCAGGGGAGCUCCCAGGACCUACAGAUCCUCUCUGCACAGACCUUACAGCCUACAUCAAAUUGUACUUCCGAGUGCCAGACUUGACUCUGUCUGGAUGCUGUGUGGACCAGCAUUCAGUGCAGGUCUAUUCCUCUGCAAAACCUCGUAUAGUCACAUCCCGGGAGUUGUUAUCCUCAGAAUACUUUAUCUGGAACUCAACUGGAACUGCACCAGUGUCCUCCGGACACAUGAUGCUGUAGGAUGGAACUGUACAGUAUAGACCAGCAUCGAGGAAAUUACUACUUCGUCAAUAUCUGGGAUGGGCCAAACACAUGAUGGAUCUCCAGAGCAUAAGAUCAUUGCUGGACAACAGACACUGCUUUCGAUUCUGGUGACAAGGUUUGAAUCUGUGUAACAAACAGCAUCCAACAUUAUGAACACAAUGGUCAAAGUGAUGUAACUGAAUGGCUUGUAUAUGCUGUUCUUCUGACAGCCUUGGUCUCAUCUAAGACGCAAAAUGCAAUUUCUCAUCCGUACUGAACAGACCAAUCAAUUUUCAGUGAAAUAAUAUGCCUUAAAGCUAGAAUCCUUAAUUGAAACGACAACAAAGUGUCCACCCCACCUCUGUUUUGGUAUAAAGCUGAGGGAUGGGUCUUUAGAAAUGUAACCACUCCCAGAAUCAUAGACAUAGCUAUGGUUGCAAGCACUGACUAUCCAUGAUAUCAACAUUAUAGUUUUAACUAUGUUUUGAGGCUAUACAGUGCUUUUUGUUUUACAUUGUUCACAAACAUUGGAGUAAAACAAUCUUAUAUUUUUGGUUCUAAUGGGGUAUGACUGUUGAAUUAAGUAAUUUAUAAGUUAUAUUCUUCAAGAAUCAAUGUAUAAAUGUAUAUAUACAGAUAAUGAUUAUUCAACUGAAUCUUACUAAAGAGUAUUAGUACUGGAAAGAGAAAAUAUUGAAUUAUUGCAAUUAAAUAUUGACGUUA